AUUUUCACUUUCUGAAAUAUGUCAACCCUCUCUCCGCUUGCUCUCUAGGCUGCCAAGGCCCCCCCUGGAUGUCCCCCCGCCCUCCAGAUCCACCUGGCGCCUGGCAGGGCCUCUGCACCUGGGAGUGCUGGCACCAGCGAGUCCUGGAGCUCCUGGAGCAGGAGCCGCCGGCCAAGAGCCCCCCACGGGCCGCUCAGGUGACGUUUGAGGACGUGGCUGUCUACUUCUCGCCUGAAGAGUGGGCCCAGCUGAUGGCGUGGCAGAAGGACCUGUACUGGGGUGUGAUGAAGGAGAACCACGCCCUGGUGGCCUCGCUGGCACCUGCUCGUGUCCCCCAGCCAGAGGUCUUGGGCCGGAUAGAGCGAGGGGAGGCCCCUCCUUCCGAGGCCCCCAUGGAGGAAAAGCAGGAAGAGGCUCCCCGAGUGCCCAGCCCAGGUUCUGGGGCUAAGGGGCAGCUGGAGGUCAGGAGAGGACCAGGUGGGGAGCAUCCCUGCAGCAAGACUCCGACAGAAAAAGCCAAGAGGGACGCUCUGGCUGACACCAAGCCCCACAUCAAGUGCGAGGAGCAGCGGGGGGACCCCCAGGGGCCAGCCACCCACCACUGCAAGGACUGCGGCUCCAGUUUCCCCGACCGGGACGCCCUGAUUUCCCACGUCCUGCGCACCCACUUUGGCGAGCGAGCGCUGCCUUGCCCGCAAUGCGGAAAGUUCUUUGGCAGUGACAGCAGCCUGGCGGCCCACCAGAGCACCCACGGCCUGGAGCGAGUCUUCACCUGCAUCGACUGCAAGAGCACCUUUGUCUACGAGGAGCAGGAGGCAGGCCGGAUCCACGCCCAGCUGGCCCUGGGGAAGCUUUUCAAGUGCUUUGGCUGCAGCUGCAAGAUCGCCGCCCUCCUGGCCAGAGACCAGAAGCCAGAGGCACAGGAGGGCUGCCCUCCCUUUGGGGAGCUGGAUGCCACCUUCUACAGCCGCCAGCGCGCAAUGGAGCAGGUCCGCCAGCGGGCCGCCCACUGGACCACCUCUGAGACCAAGGCUUUUGUGGAGCUGUGGGGGGACGACCGCGUCCAGACGGCCCUUUUUGACAACUAUCGCAACGAGGUGCAGUACAAGCGGCUGUCGGACAAGAUGCGGAAGAUGGGCUUCCACCGCAACCUGGAGCAGUGCCGCCAGCGGGCCAAGGACCUGCGCAGGGGCUUCAAGGAGAUCCAGGACGGCAACCUGCACUCCAACCGGGCACGGCAGACCAUGCCCUUCUUUGCCCUCCUGGACCGCUUCCUGCUGAUGAGCCGGGGGCUGGUGGUGCCCAAGGUGUGCGUCAACAGGACCAAGCAGAGGGGGCGCAAGGGCAGGGGGCGCAGGGAGGAGCCCCAGGGGCAAGCCCCCUUCCUGCUCGCCCAGCACCCCAACUUGCAGGACCUGGCGCUGCAGGAGCAGGAUCCGUACCUCCAUGCCCUGGCGCUCCCUGGCUUCCACCUGCAGAGCCACUUCACAAGCCAGUAUCGCCAGGGGGCCAGCCUCCCUGGCUACCAGCUGCCGCCCCCCGACCAGGACCCCCCGGGCAACGCUGUGGGGCUGCCUGGUGGUCCGCUGGAGGGGCAAGACAAGGACUCGCCUGCCCUGCGACUGGCGGACUUCUCCCUACGGCCGCAGGACCCAGACGCCUCUCUCGCCAUGGAGUCCUGCCGGGCAGCUGCUCGCAGCCAGAGCCAGGACAUGGUGCUGAGCCCCAUCAAUGGGCUUUCAGCCACCAGCAGCCUCUGGUCAGAAAUCGCCAGCAUGACUACUAUGGAGAACCCCACUGGCGUGGCAGCCCCAGGAAGUGCCCAGCCCUGGCACCCUGGGAAGGCCCCCAGCUCCUCUGCAAAGCGGAUGCGCGACCUCCGCUUGCGCCGCCGGAGGCAGCGGGCCGCCAUGGCACGGGUGCUGCUGGGCGCCAGCUACCGCCCCAACGACCGGACAGUGUGGAGCAAGACGCAGAAGACGGACUGGUGGGACAACCUGGUGGCCGGGCCAGCCGAGGACGGCGAGUGGGUGCGCUACUUCCGCAUGUCGCGGGAGGCGGUGCUGGAGCUGGUGGAGAGGCUGCGCCCCGUGCUGCAGCGGGAGGACACCAACAUGCGGGCCGCCAUCCCCGUCGACAAGCGCGUGGCCCUCACGCUCUGGAAGCUGGCCACCUCGGAGAGCUACCGCUCGGUGGCCCACCAGUUUGGCGUGGGCGUCUCGACCGCCUCAGUCAUUGUCAUGGAGGUGUGCGAGGCCAUUCACGACGUCCUGCUGCAGGACGUGGUCCAGCUGGGGGAUGCCCAGGCCGUCAUGGAGGGCUUUGAGCGGCUUGGCUUCCCCAACUGCAUUGGCGCCGUGGACGAGACCCACAUCCCCAUCCUGUGCUCACCCCACGGUGCGUCGGCCUACAUCAACGGCAAGGGGCUGGUUUCCAUGGUGCUGCAGGCCCUGGUCGACAGCGCAGGGCGCUUCAUGGAUGUCUACGCCGGCUGGUCAGGCGGCCUGCAGGACUCGGGCCUGCCGUGGGGCUCCCCGCUCUUUGAGCGCAUGGAGAAGGGCACCUUUGGCCCCCAGACCACCACUGAGAUCGAGGGUGUGGCCGUGGGACCCGUCCUACUGGGGGGUCCUGCCUGCCCCCUGCGGCCGUGGCUGAUGAAGCCGUACACAGACACCCCGGAGGGGCCUCGGCACCACUUCAACCUGUUGCUGGGCAAGUGCCGCAGGGCCGUCACCUACGCCUUUGAGCGGCUCAAGGGCCGCUGGCGCUGCCUCCUCAAGCGCCUAGACGUGGCGGAGAAGAACGUCCCGCUGGUCAUCGUCGCCUGCUGCAUCCUGCACAACAUCUGCGAGAGCCGCAACGAAGCCAUGCAGGAGGGUUGGGAGGAGGGCAUGGACUACGCUGACCUGCCCUCGGCGGAGGGCCACGCAGACGCCUUCUCGGACGCGGAAGAAGGGGCUGGGGAGGCGCACGGCGUCCGUGAGGCCUACUGCGCAUUCUUCGAGAAGAGGCGGCAGGCAGAGGAGCUCUGAGGGGCGCUGUGCGUUGUGUGUGUGUGUUGUGCGAGGACACCCCCUUCCCCACCCCACCCCGUGGGUGUUGCAAAGACGCGGGGGGGGGGGGGGAGAGAGACAGGAACUCAGGCUAACUCAGGUUACAAUUCUCUUCCGUGACUUCGCAGGGGGACAACGUCCAGGGUCCCCCUCGGUGAAGUCUGCCUGCUCACCGGUUGCACUGUUUUGACCUUUUAUAAACUUUUUAUAAAAAUUGGCUUAGUACCAAGUUUUCACCUUGGACCUCAAUAAAUCCUUGUUCUUCUUGAAA